UGACGCGAGCGCUUUGUACGUGUUGCUAUUCCUCCUCCCGUGGCGAGAACGGAAUCGGCUGCCACAGUUGUGCAUUGCCAUUUGGCGCCACAUGUCGCCAGGCAUGCCACCCAGCACAGCGGGCGCCGCCACACGUCGCUGGUCGCUCCGAGCACUCGCAGUUAACCCCUCGAUCCCCGGCAUCGCCUAGCGACCAACCGAUUCUUCCCUUCCACCCCCGCUCUCGCGGUCUCGCUUCGCCAUGGCAGACGGCCCGCGCGCAUCCCCGCCCCGUCCCGCCGCCCGGCGCGGCCACGCGCCGCAGUGGACGGAGCACCAGGAGCGCUCGCUCAUCGGGCGCGCCGCCGAGGUGCUCCGCGCCCACGGCUCCACCCCCCAGCUGCUGGGCUUCCUGGCGCUGGCCGUGACCCUGACCGCGCUCGUCGUCCUGGCGGGCGUCACGCUCGCGGGCGCGCUCGCGGCGCUGGUCCUCUUCAGCCCGCUCGUGCUCCUCACCGCCCCGCUCUGGGCGCCCGUGGCGGUGGCGGUGUUCCUGGCGGCCGCCGCCUCGCUGCUCGCCUGCUGCGCCGGCGUGGCCGCGGUCGCCGCGGGCACGUGGGCGCACCGGUACCUCACGGGGCGGCACCCCGUGGGCGCGCACCGGGUGGAGACGUCCAGCGGCGGGGCCGCGGUCGCGGAGGUGGCCAGCCGCGUGAGGGGGUACUACGACGCCUACGCACGCGAGCACGGCGGGUACCCGCCGCGCCCGCACGCCCGGGUCAAGGACGCCGCGCCCGGGGCGUAGGCCGUGCGCGCGCCGGGCGCCGGCCGGGGGUCGGGCCACGGUUUCGGGCUGCUUUGUACGCGUGUGGUGUUGCAGCGGUCCUCGUGUU